GAGGAGAGAGGGAGAAAUGGGUGGAGAGAUGGAAGCUUGCUGGCCGGAUAAAAAGAAGCAGCUCUGCCUACCAAAGUGUGCAUUCAUCCCCUCGAUUCGAUCAUGUAUACAACAGCUCUCCUCCUCAUUGCAUUCGUCCCACUCCUGACUUCCGCUCAGGCGUUCGUCUGCCCACCCAAGAAUGGUCAAUACCCCGACCCCAUUCAGUGCGACAAAUAUUACAUCUGCCAAGAUGGAGUAGCCAGCGCCCGUUUGUGCGAAGAUGGUUUGGUUUUCGAUUCAUUCAAGCGCUCAAGCCACAAAUGCGAUCACAUGCACAACGUCGACUGCGAGGACCGCACUGAGCUCCAGCCGCCCCAGGGUAAUGCUGAGUGCCCGCGCAGGAACGGCAUCUUCGAGAACGCCGAUCCUUCUCAGUGCCACAAGUUCGUUGACUGUAUCGAUGGCCAGCCCAAGCACAACGUCUGCCCACCCGGCCUCCACUUCAAUGAUGCCAGCGGUGUCUGCACCUGGGAGGCCGCUGCUGGCCGAACUGGCUGCGUCCGUGAAGAAUUUUUGGAAGAUGGUUUCACUUGCCCCAAGUUGACCGCCGCCGAGUCGCUCACCGAGCCCCACCCCAGAUACCCCCACCCUACCGACUGCCAGAAGUUCUACGUCUGCCUGAACGGAGUCACUCCCCGUGAACAGAACUGCGAUCUCGGCGAGGUCUUCAACACCAACAGCAAGCAGUGCGAUCUCCCCGAGAACGUCGCCGAAUGCAUUGACUGGUACAAGGAUCAUCCCUCAUUCGUCCCUGGUUCGGUGACACCCAAAUCCAGCACUCGAGGAAACUCUGGACAAUAAUAAAUCAAAUCAGCAUUUUAUUGUAAAAUUUUCUUGGUCCCAAAAGAAAUGUUUAUUCUGUUGAACGUUUUCAUACAAUUCGUAAAUACACCUUCUCGCCACUC